UUUUCAUAUAUUUUUUUGACAGUGUUUGACAGGAGCGAUGUCAACUCGUUGUCCAUAAACCUUUUUAUUCUUUUUUUUUACUAUCCGACUUCGUAUUUAAUCUAUAUUAAUAGUAAAUUCGACGUUUUUUUAAGGCUGGCGUUAAGAAUUCGUUAAACAGUUUCUUGUUUAAAAGAGCUCGCGCGCUUGACGUUGACUUCCUCCGAGAAUCAGGAAGUGGCUCGGUUAGCCAGCUAGCAUAGCUCGCGACAUGUAAACAGCCCAAAUGGAGGGUGUGUCCGAGUGAAUAAUUUGUAUUUUUUUUUUCUUUUUUUUUAAGUGUUUUUUUUUUUCUUUAACCGGGAGAGAAUGGGCGACGCGGCGAAGAUUCAGCGUCGGGAGCAGUUAAAACGCUGGAGCGGCUCGUCCACGGACAGAGAGCCGGCCGCGCCGCGGAGACGCUGGCGGGAUGAACCGGAGGAUGGAGAGAAAGCACAGGACGCCGACGGACCCCGAGCUCCCCGGCAAAACGUCAAACGAAGGAGGCGUGUUCGGUUUGAGAGGACCGCGGAGUUCCUGGCUGUCUGCGCCAGCGGCGACACCGAAGAGGCAAAUGAGAUGAUCAAGGAGGUGCAGGUUAUAAGCAAUGGGGACAAAAUUUCCAGAGAAGACAUGGUCAACUCUUCCAACGCUGAUGGAAUCACAGCACUGCACCAGGCCUGCAUUGAUGGGAGUAUGGAGGUAGUGGCCUUCCUUCUGUCUGAGGGGGCUAAAGUAAACCAGGUGGACAACGAGGGCUGGACCCCGCUUCACGUAGCAGCUUCCUGUGGGAACAUGGAAAUCGCUGAAUUCUUGCUGAAGAACGGCGCAUCUCUGAGCUUGGUGAACUGCGAUGGCGAUGUACCCCUAGACAUCGCGGAAGACGAAACCAUGGAGGCACUACUGCAGCAAUACACUCAGAAACUCGGUGUGGAUGUUGAGGCAGCUAAACGCUUGGAGGAGGAGUUGAUCAUGCGAGACGCCCGAGGGUGGCUCACAGAGGGUGUGCCUACAGAUCUGCAUCACCCCAGGACCGGAGCCACACCCCUCCAUGUUGCAGCUGCUAAGGGCUACCUCGAGGCCAUUAAGUUGCUGUGUCAGUGCGGCCUGGAUGUUUCCGCUAAAGACAGGGACGGCUGGACGCCGCUCCACGCUGCAGCCCACUGGGGUCAGAGGGAAGCCUGUUGUCUCCUUGCAGAGCAACUGUGUGACAUGGAGGCCCACAGCAAUGGGGGUCAGACUCCAUUUGAUGUGGCGGAUGAAAGUGUGGAGGCCUUGCUGGAGGAACUAGCACAGAGACAAGCUAAUUGGCGAACCGAGCAGGAAAUUAAGGAGAAACAGAAUGCACAAGCAUCUGCAAACGGCAACGCUGUCAAAAUACGCAGAAGCUCGGUGUGUAGGAUGAGCAGCCGAGAAAAGAUGAGCGUGCAGGAUCAGUCAAAGGAGCGAGGAGUCUCUGGAGGCCUGGAGCUAAAUGAGGACAAAGAGAGCAGUCCCGAGACUUCCACGCUGUCAAGUCCAGAUACUGAAAGCGUCACUACCUCCACGGUCAGCCCUGCUGACAAGACCCCUGAAGAGAAGGAAGCAGAAGAAAGAGAGCAGGAGCGAGAAAGCCGUACCGCUCGUGUUCCUCCUACUCUGCAAAGAGUUGACUCAGCCCCAGAGAGCCCUGGUGGUCCCUCUACUGACUGCAAGAAGUACCAGGCUCCAGUUCGAGAUGAGGAAUCAGAAUCUCAGAGGAAAGCUCGUUCCAGACUCAUGCGCCAGUCACGACGCUCCACUCAGGGAGUGACCUUGACUGACCUUAAAGAGGCGGAGCGGACCGUUAACAAGAUGGUUGAAACUCAACCCAGUGUUCAGACUGUCAGUCCUGUUGUCACGAUAACGCCAGCAGAGAGAGAUACAGAGCCUGUGAAGAUCUCAAGCCAAGAAGCAGACUCCAAACUGGCUGUGAGAGAUCGCCGUAGAGCAAGGAAAGAAAGAAGAUCCACUGGCAUCGCCACACUUGCAGGAGACACUGAGGACUUGGAUGCGAGUGAGCCUACACGAGCAGACGGCCCUACAAGUAACACCCAUGCAGGAGAUGCAAAAUCGUCAUUAUCACUGGACUUUAGAAGGCUGUAUGUAGAUGUGUUAAAGGAGAACGGCGCUCUGAGAGAGAAGCUCCAGGAGACACAGCUACAGCUCAGCGAGUGCAAAGUGGACCUUGAGAGACUCAGACAGAAUCAAGAAAAUGGUUGUGACCGCCCUGCUCUUCUGGAACUUGAGAGAUUUGAGAAGAAAGCACUCGAGAGAAAAGCAGCUGAGCUUGAAGAUGAGCUCAAGGUUCUCGUGGACCUGCGUGCCGAUAACCAGAGGCUGAAGGACGAGAACGCCGCUCUCAUCCGAGUCAUCAGCAAGCUCUCCAGAUGAGCCUCACCCCUUUUACCACAAUUCACUAAAACCACAAGGUGGCAGCACUGCCCGUAUCUUUACCCAGAAUAAACUGGAAGAAUGCUCUUCUCUUUCUGCGCAGCCAUAACGCACCGCAGCUGUGUGUGUAUGUGUGUGUAUGUGUGUGUGGCCUUUACCCCUCGGGUGGCUAAACUACUGUUCUCCAAAUUAACCUGCACACAAGAGCGAACAGACCUAGCCGCAGCACAACCCUCAGUUAAACAGCACACCAACAUCAGGAAAGUCCUUAGACCGUAGAUCACGCCGGGUCUGAUUUCGCUCAUUCCAGGUUUCAAGAACGGUAACGCGUUACUUGAACUAAAUGUCAUAAGACUUAUCAAGUUAUAAGCACAGCCACAGUUAGGAUGUAUAUCAGUUAUCUGUAAUAAUUAUUUUUGUUUUUUGCAAGUGCAGCUCAUUAACCUGUGUAGGGGGGUGGGGGGGUGGAUUUGGGGUUCAGGUGGCUGUAGAUUGAGGGAGAGAGUGUUUAUAGCUGCUAAUAGGAACUUUCUUGUUUUUUUUGUGAACAUUCCACAACAUAGAUGUAACUGUAAAUGAAUAAAAAGCAUGAAGUCACCUUAAGGAGUGGUAGUGUUAGCAAUUUAGUGUGCUUUAAGUGAAAGAAAAACAGUUGAUGAUGUGCUGUUAUUGGCAGCAAACUAUUAUUGAGAAAUUUCCCGUAAUCACACAACAUAUGAUAUAUCUGUCAUAACAUAAAAACACAUUUUCUCAUCCAUUGCACUAUACAUGACUGUAAUAUUAGCUCACAACACUGUAUGUCCUUAUGCCUUUAUGACAUGUUUAUGUCAGGAUCAUGAUCUGAGGUUCAAGUAACGUGUUACCUGAAGUCCAUACUUGAAGUACAGCAGGAUGGAGAAGAAAUGCAGGGUGCUUUUAUUCCAUAUAUUUAAUUAGAUCUUUAUUUUUUUUCUUCUUGUGCACUGUCUCAUUGUUAUUAGAUUUUUUUUUCUUUCUUUUUACCUUAAGCCAAUGCAAGGUUGCCAGUUUGUAUAACUCUUCGCUUUAGCCAUGUAUAUCCGUAUCCACUGUAGCUUGUAGUUUAUAUUCUAACUGUGUGGGACACCAGAGGGUAUGAGCCAUUCCAUCAUCAGCGUUUAGGACACAACCAAAAAAAAAAAAAAAGCAUGUCCUGAUUUUGCCAAGUGACUGUCAACGUUUCUGAUUUUAUCACCUGCUUGCUAACUUGAUCAUAUGACAGAAUUUCUUUUCCAGUUUUCAGCUUUGGUCAUUUAAUAACACGGCCAUUUAAUAGAUUUACCACUCAGUUUUGCUAGUCUGCGUGAUAUCAAAGGUGUAGUUUAUGUUUGUUAAUAUUGCUUUCAAUUUGAUGGCUUCAUUGUUUUAAGGUUGUGUUUGCAUUUACAUCAGCUCUGCCUCCAAGUUUAACCCCGCUGCCCUGAAUCUUUCCAUUAAAAUUAUAAAAGGAGUAGAGUGUUAGCUUAGGUUGAAAUGGCUUAGCCAAUGCUAUUGUGCCAGUUUUCUUUACAGGCAGCAGAGGGCUUAAAAAAAUAACUGUACUUAAGGUUUGGCCCACCCUUGCAUUUCUUCAUAUUUAAUUUAAUCUACACAAUUUAAGAAACAGGCACAAAUGUUUUACUGUGACAGGCUGCAAAGUGUCUAAAGAUACAAUUUAAAAAUUGCUUGUUUAUACAACCAGUUGGUCUGUUUCAACCAUUCAGCAUUACCAGUAAACAAAUUACCGGCCUGAUUAUCUGCUCCUGUUUCUCACUAAUUUAUGCCUUAAAUUGAUUUGUUUUGUAUUUUUUGCCAAUGAUUCAUAGUAGUCUAUGCAGAUUAAGAAACAAAAAGUAUUCAUUUUAAACUGCUUAGGUACUGGACCAAAAAUGAGAGGCAAAAUAGCUUAGGCAAAGUUCAGCAAUCCUAGGGCCCUAAACAGCUCAGCUUCUAUAUCAAAUAUUCAAUCACAAGCAUUAGUAUAUGUUUUUUGUAACGCCGCUAAUCUGUCAUAUUGAUACAUAAAACUUUUUUAUAUAAUAUAAAUACAUAAUACUUUUGCGUUAAAGAAAAAUUAUGUAACUGGACCUUUGUGGAUUUUAAAUUAAUACCUCUUUCGUGCUAGAAUAUAGAGUUGGAAAAACUUUACAGUUGCUGCCUGCUGUUUAUGAGAGAAACAAUAUACGCCAUUAGAUUAAGCUGAACAGUUCACAAAUUGUGCUGUACGUUUUGCGCAAUUUAAGACUUGAGUUAUGUCAAGCAGAGGAAAAGAAGUAGUGAUGUCACGUCAAGUAUACUAAUCAUUUUUAACUUGCACUCCAACCUCUUUUAACCAUUGACGCCUGCAACUCGGCAAAAUCAGGACAGCGCUUGCAUUGUUAGACACCACAGAGACGCAAACGUGCCAAAACCUGAAGCUCCUCUCCUGCAUGGCUACAGGUGCUAGGCUGUUGAGGAAUGGGGCUCUCUCUCUCUCGCUCUCUCUCUCUUUCGCUCUCGCACUGUCUCUUUCUCUCUCUCUCAGGACAAGCUUAGAUCAACACUGUACUCAAGCACACUGCUACUGUAUGUCGGACCAAACAGUCAUUGAUAAUGUUGCUGUUUCUCAGCGAACAAGUAUUUAUGAGUGUAAGUGAUGACGCCUGUGUCCUGUGCCAAUGGUGGUGUAGGGAUUUUUUUUUCUUUUCCUUUUUUUUUUCUUCAUUCAUUUUCCAAGAGGAGGAAGAGGAGGAUAAAUGUUUAUACUGUGAGUCCUGCUCUCAGAGGAACAGGCGCUUUAUAAGGUCAAUGCUUUUUUGACAGUUUACCACCAUGUUGUUGUUUUUAUUAUUAUUAUUAUUAUUAUUAUUAUUAUUAUUAAUUGCUCCUGUUUUAUUAAUAUUAUUUUAAAGCCAAUGCAUGCCAAGAUUGUAUUUCGACAAAACAUGUGCCUUUCUACAUAUCUAUUUUAAUAUUUCGAUGUUGCUCAGUUGAAAAGCUCCGGGCUUGUUGGCUCGACGUUGCUCCAGUAGACUUCCUUAAAGAUUCUGCUGUCGUGAAAUAAAGCCGGCUUUUGGUGAAACAGCCAAUAAAAUUCAGUCGAAACAGA